UCCAUUCUCUAUUUCGGUUCCACCAUGACGCAUCCCACUUUGUGGCUUGGACUUCUGAUAGUAGCAUACUUUGGUGGUUCUCAAGCUGAAAAUGCCUUCUCAAAAUACUGGGAAGAACAUAUUGGUCUUCCACAGCCUCCACAUUGGUUAGCUGCAAAGGCUUCUCCAUUAAGUCUCCAUCAAAUAGCAAUGUUUAUGAACCUUACGGUGAAAAAUGAAUUGGCUUCCCACCUGCACUCAUUUUGUAAGCAGGCUAAUGUUGCUUGUUCUACAAAUGCACAGGAUAAUAAGAUAAAACAUGACACAUCUUUACCACCAAUAGCCAAGUGGAAUGGUGAUAGAGUGAAAUAUGAAUAUGUUCCAAAUGAAGAACCCCUAUCAGUUGCCAGCCAAGGGGGAUUGCCAUUUUUUCGAGAAUCAAUGGUGAAAGAGGGAGGUUUCAUGCAAGUCCCUGAUUUAAGGGACCCAAUAUCAUAUAAAUCUUUCUUGCCCCGACCUUUGGCAUCAAAAAUCCCAUUUUCAUUUUCCCGGAUUGAGGAAUUGAAGAAGAUUUUUGGUGUGAUCAAUGAAUCAAACAUGGAUGAGUAUAUUCAAGACACCCUCGAAAUAUGUGAGAAAAGCCCCAUUCAAGGCGAACAAUGCACCUGUGUGACAUCCGCCGAGGAUUUCAUAGAUUUUGUUGUUGAGAAAUUGGGGCACCAUAUAUGCAUAUGGAGUAGUGAGAGCAUUGAAGGAUCUUAUGAGAAUGUGACAAUUGGAUUUGUGAAACUCAUCCAUGGAAACCUCUCUGAACCACCAGUCUUAUGUCAUAGUUUACCAUUUCUAUUUCAAGUCUAUUAUUGCCAUGUUUUACAGAAAGUAAAAAUAUAUGCAGUUGAUAUACAUGCUCGGAAGAAAGUGAAUCAUGCAAUUAUGGCAUGCCACUAUGACACAUCAAAUUGGAAUCCAAACCAUCUUGCUUUUAAGUUGCUAGGCUUUGGCCCUGGCCUAAUUGAAGUUUGUCAUUGGAUAAGUGAGAAUGGAGUGGUCUGGACAAAGACUCAAGGUUGAGAAGCAAUUGAAGAUUUGAUUAUCUUUUGCUAGUUCUCUUAUUUUGUAUUACAUGUUACUGCUUAUGCUAUUUGAUGGAUAAAUAAUGAUCUAUUUUUACUUUCC